GAUCGUUGAUCCGCCAUAUUGAAUGAAACUGCAGAGGAAUUCCCGCCUGAGAUGUUGAUUUUCUCGUAGAUUUGCCGAAUUUAAGAGUGCAUCGUUGCCUUCAAUUGCUUGUUGAUAACAAUAUGACAUUCAGUUUCCUGGUGAACGUUUCAUGAUUUAAAAGAUUGAGUGACACUUGCUUUCAGAUUAUCAAAUGUGACGGAAGACGAGAGCUUCUAGCAGUUUAUUUUUGUUUCUUGUUUUCACAUAGCUGCCAAGAUGUUUUGGAAGUUUAAUUUAUUAACAUCUUCUCAUAUCGACACCUUACUGGAAAAGGAGGAUGUGACCCUACAUGAGCUGAUGGAUGAAGAUGACAUCCUACAAGAAUGUAAAGCACAGAAUAGAAAGCUCAUUGACUUCAUCAUCCGUCCGGAGCACAUGGAGGAAAUGGUUAAUAUGAUAACAGUAGAACCCUCAGAAGAUGUGGAAGAGAAAGUCAAAUACAAAUACCCAAACACUUCAUGUGAGCUGUUGACAUCAGAUGUUUCCCAAAUCAAUGAUGCUCUGGCAGGUAGUGAGGCUCUGAUACACAAGUUGUAUGCCUUUCUAGAGACAAACGAGACCCUGAACCCUCUCUUGGCCAGCUUCUUCAGCAAGGUCAUGGGUCUCCUCAUCACAAGAAAAAGUGAAAUGAUAUUUGAAUUUUUAAAGUCCAGAGAUGAUUUUAUUGGGACACUUUUAAAACACAUUGGCACCUCAGCAAUAAUGGACCUUCUUCUCAGGCUUCUUACUUGUGUUGAGUCACCUGAAAUCAGGAGAGCUGUGAUAGAGUGGUUAAAUGAGAACCAGAUUGUAGAAAAAUUGGUUGGAUGCUUUAAGACAUCAACUGAUGAAGAUGUUCACUGCAAUGCAGCUCAGUCUCUAUGUGAUAUUGUACGACUAGGGAGGGAACAGCUUUCACAACUACAGGACAAGCCAGAGCCUGACCCUCUGCUCAACACAGUGGAAAUGGAGGAGACAGUGUCCGACCUGCUCAGCAACAUGUUGGACACUGAACGCAACGAGUCUGUUAUAGUAAAUGGUUUAUCUGUGAUACAAACCCUUUUAGAAUUUAGGAAACAAGGUCCUGAAGGAUCAACAGAACAUAUUUCAACACUAGACACAGAACGAUUAGCCCAAGGUGUUAGUAAUGUUUUGUUAGCAAUUACACCCAGACUACGGGAUUUCCAUAAUUUACUCACAGAUCCACCCAAGCAAAAGUUUUGUACGAUGCCUACAUCAAUAGGGACACUUGAACCACCGCUGGGAAACACCAGACUGCAAAUAGCCCGUCUUGUAUCAGCACUCACGUUAACCAAUUCACAUUCUGUUACUGUAGAAUUAGCCAAUUUGGGGACCAUGGGGGUUUUAGUAGAUUUAUAUUUCAAGUACUGUUGGAACAAUUUUCUUCAUACGCAUGUUUCUCAAUGCAUCAACACUGUGUUAUAUAAUUCUCCUAUUGAAUCUGAUGGAAAGAAGGAGCACCUACUUUUAGUCCAGUUAUUUUCAGAAUUCCACCUCCUUCAGCGAAUAAUGGAUGUGUGGGAAGAGAACGAUCAGCAACAAAGUCGAGAAAAGGGUCGACGCCGAGGCUACAUGGGCCACUUAACCAAGAUAGCCAAUGAUGUGGUAGCUGUUCUAGAAAAGGGGGAGAACACAGACUUACUCAAGGAGCAGAUCAAUGAACUGGGAGAAGAACACAGAGAAAAAUGGGAAGCUUUUGUCUCUGGUAGCUUAUCAGAUUUAAACAAGAAAAAUACAAUAGAAUUGGUUCGGGGUCAUCCGAUUGCCUCUAGUAGCGAUGAUGAGGACCCCGACUUUAGAGACAUUCCCUUCCCACAAGACGAGGCAAUACAGCAGGCCUUCUCUGAUUACCAGCUGCAACAAAUGACCAGCAACUUCAUCGACCAAUUCGGCUUCAAUGAGGAAGAGUUCGCAGAGCAGGAAGGCAAACUAGACUCACUUUUCACAGAGAGGAUAUCUAGUAUAGACUUUAACAUUCAAGCUAAUGAGGAUCAUGCAGCAAGCUCUUCAAUGUUUGGCCAGGCUUGUAAUGAAAAAAUACAGCAGUUUGAUGACAAUGAUGACAGUGAUGAGGACAUAUGGGAAGAGAAGGAAAUAACAUAUUCACCAAGCUCACAGGCUAAAAGGCCAGGACGUUUGACAGAAACCUCAGGUGAUGACAGUGAUACCAGCACGGAUAGCGAGGAGGAACUUACCUCACCGAAGAGGAUUCUACAACAACCAAGUGAGAACAUGGACGUUGACUCCAGUCAGGAUGCUUGGCAAGCCAGUUUUGACGAAGAAUCAACACCUGUUGCCAUGGACACUUCACCAUGGAACAAUGCUCAGCAACAACAGCAAGAACAACCAAAUCAAACAGAUGGAGAGAAUUGGGCACAGUUCACCAACAAAAUACCAGUACCGCCACAAAAUGAGGACAACUGGGCAGACUUCAGUAAUAUAAAUGAUCUUAGCAGUUCUGCCCCUGGACCCAGGAGCAGUUCCCCAGUGGAGAUGGAUACUACUGACAUCAACUCUCGGCCUGCUGCAUACUUGGCCAGAAGUGCCCCACCAGACCUUGCAUCAUCUUUAGAACAGGUUAGCAACAACAUUAAGACUGAUGAUCUGGAGGUGGAGUCGUCAGAGGAACAUGUACAAGGCAGCGAAGUUACAUCGACAUCUGACAUUGUCACUUCGCCAAAGUCUCCAACUACCCCUCGUUCUCCAUUAUCUUCAUCCAGCGACGCAACACCAGAGUCCUCCAGUCAGAAAACCACUGGUGUGGGUGAGAAAAGUGAGGAGCCCUCCUCAUCCACGACUGACGUAGCAAGUGACAGUGGGGAGGACAAGGCUGAUGUAUCCCCGACGAAGAAAGAAGCCAAUGGCAGUAGUGGCAAUAACCAGGAGGAGAGGCCUUCAUCAUCAACUGAGGAGGCUGUAGGUGCUGACAGUCCUAGUUUAGUGAGCACAGUUGGGAAGGAUACUUCACAGAAGACUCUGGAGACCCCUGACCAUAUAGGAACCAAUGGACCAGUAGAUGUACCCCAGUUGAUAGAGGAGCAUGCUAGUCUGUCUCAGGAACAAGUGGAAAACAGUAAUCAGGCCAAAGAUUGCCUAGAGAAGAAGGACAGUUCAAUGUCCAGUGCCUCUCCAGCUACCAACGUUGUUCAGAAUGGUCCAGUUUGAUUCCACAUGUGUACAUCGGUCGAAUUGCAUGUGAACCAGUGAUAGGUUGGCAGCAAAUUGUCACAAUUCAAGCCUUAGAAAUUACCCUGUAAAAUCUGUUGAUGUAGGCCGAGACCCAGUGGACUGCUCAGCAGCAUUGUGACUCAUUAAUGGCUUUUCACAAUGGCUUUUUUACAAAAAUAUGGGCUCUUACUUGCCCAGUGUUCAGUGAUUAAUCUGUCACCAAUACUUAACCUACCAAACAACCAUACAGAUAUCAGUAUUGACAUGUAUUUAUUGAUUGCCAUUGGAGAGUGGAAUGUAACACUGAAUGAAUACUGGUAGUCUGAUGAAGCUGGUAUUGAAGCUCAUCCUGAGGGAGGUCGGUGUCGGGAAGAGCUCCCCCACCUGGUAGUCAGCCAGUCUGCUGUUUGUGUGUUGGUGCUGUGUAUAUAUACCACCUGAUGAUGUUAAAGACAAGUUUGUGCUGACAAUGAGUAGUGGAAACUUGCCAAAAUAAUAUUUUUUAUUCCAAAAUGAUAAAAUUAAAAAUAUUCAUGAAAAUAGAAAAUAGAGAAAGUGAUGUUUGACGCAUGUUUUAAUUAGUUAUUGUCACAGAGAUUAGGACCUGGUUACGACGGGAGAUCUGUCAUGUCUGUGUUAUAUGUUAUGUGAAUCGAAUCACUGUAGCUAGCUGUGAUCACUGUGUAUGGCCAGGCAUUUUUAGUCUGGCCUCAGUAUACAUGACUUAGGGCUGCUUCUGCUCACUACUGGCAGGGCAUUGGUCAUUAUUCAUCUCAUCAUCAACCUUCUCAUUUCUCAUUGUACUGUACUCUGGAAUGGAUGUAGCCUGACCAAGGACAGGGUAGUUGUCAGUGCUGUUACAGCCCUGGCUUGGUGCUGGUCGGAACAAAUGCUAUUUAUUGAUGUAAAGGUUGUCUGUGAGUGCAAGAUUGUGCCGUAUUGAUGAUAUAUAUAUUGGUAUUGUUUCCAUUGAAUCAACCCAAGAGUACAAAUCUGUUGUGCUGUAGGUGUUUGGUCUUAGUUUGAAGAGAGCUUGUGUGCAUGUAGGGUGGAAUACAAGUCAAAUUUGACAUGUAUUGAUUGUGAGAAGAAGGAAGAGUACUGUUUGAAAUUAUACGACUCAAAUUUUUCUAAAAAUUCAAUUCUUUUCCCUGUCUGUGCUUGAAAUGCAACAUUGCAAAAUGCAAUUUAUAUCUCAAAUUUAUUUUUCACUUUAUUAUGUCCAACAUUAGCUGAGAUAUAUUUUACACAUCAAUGUGAUGUACCUCAAAGGUUAAGUUAUUCAACUGCAGAAAUGUUGUGUGAGAGUAACCCUGAUGUUAAGUUUCUUUAUCUGAAGAUGCUUUAUAAGAUGUUAAAUGAAAACUAAUGUUCAAGUGUUGAGUAGAAGGUCCAUUAUUAACAAGGUUGUGAUAUGUUUCUCUCUUGUAUUUGGAGUCAAACUAGCUAUGGUUUGUACUGAACUGACCCACUUCCUCCAUUAAGUAAACCUUCAUAUAGAGUACAACACCUGCCUCACCGAGGUGGCCGAUGUCCACAUCCCAUUAUUAUCAGUAACUAUUGCACCAAUUAAAUUUUGCAUCUUCAUAAAAACUAACUAUUCACAUAUGGUAUUGAUUAUUGCAUGAACUAGUCUUAACAAUUAUAAGAAAAUGUUUCUAAUUAUGUGCAAAAAAUGAUUUUGAUACCGAAUGCUGUUAAGCCGGGUUCCCGGUGAUUUUUCAAGUCAUACUGGCUACUGUGUUACUAGCAGUGUUCAUCUUUUUAUAUCAUAAUUUCUAGAUUAAUGAGAUUACUUACAAAAAAUAUGAAUUGUAUGCUUGUAACAAUCCUUACAGUGUUAUAUAUCUUGCGAUUUCAUGCUGUUGCCUUGACCCUUUCACUUGGUCACUAUUCAUCCUUUGUAAAACUCUUGAGGUUUCUAGGUUUAACAUGAUUAAACAGGUUUCAGUCUUGUGUCAUUCACAAUUGUUCCUUGCUUGUUUUCAGUAACAUGAACUGUGCUGGUCACUGUCAUUCGUGUCUGAAACACAACUCUCAUUCUAACAACUCAUCAUUUGUAGGAGGAUAAACAUUUUUGAAAUCAGUGGGACUUCAGUUGUACUGCAGGAACCUAAAAAUAGCUCCUAUUUUCAUCUGUUUUAUAUAACGUAAGGUGUGUAUGCUUACAUGCGCAGCCGUCUGGAAACACUGAACAAUUCUCACUGCAUAUUGAUACCUCAGGGACAGAAAAUGUGCAAGGAUAUCAACGAUUCAUUUUGAUGUUGCUAUUUUGUUCAAGUGAAAAUCCAAACAUUAAAAAACAGAAAUUGAUCUUCAAAUUGAUCUUCCUGUCUACAGAUUAGUUUUUAAAAGUAGAAAGAGAGCAAAAAAAAGAUUGGUAAUUCUAGAUAGUCCAACUGUACAUGAUAUUGAGUGGUUAAUUGAACUGGUUUUAUAUAAUGAACAUUCACGUAAUGAUGUUAACAGGUAUUGGUGAUAAUUAACCUUCCAAUAACCAACCCUAAAGGGGUAUUUAUAGUAGUACCAUUUAACAAGUGUUUGCUUUAACUGAAAACCUGUGUGCUGUACAGCCAAAGGUGUAGCCAGUAGUGUCAAGUAUGGCUGUUUUAUAUACUUCCCUGUUGAUAAUACUGUUCUAAUAUUAGGUGCUGCAGUGUAUUGUACAUAUAUAAACAUGUUUAUGGCUCUUUCACAUUUGUGGCCAAGAUUUCUGUUUUAAUUUGAAAAUAUUUUAAAACAUGUGAUUUCGA